UCCCUUUGAUUUGGUCCACACUGACUUUUUAUAUCAGCUGUACACUUUGACGCUGUUAUCUAAUUACUACAUAAUAAAUAUAUUUUUUUAAAUUUUUAGUCUCUCUUAUCAAUAGAAAUUUGCAAGCAAAGAUGUCGUCAGGGAGAAAGACUCAUUCAGAAAUAAGCUUUCAAGAAAACAUCAACACUCUACAAAGGGAAGUCAUUCGUUUAAGGCAAGAACGCAAGCUUGUGAGAAAGAAAGUAUCAGAGACAGUCGCAGACAUCGUGUACUACUGCAAGCGCCAUGCUAAAGACGACUAUUUCUUACAAGAAAACCAUUCCAACAACCCAUACCGCGAGGGCAAGCAAUGUGCUGUAAUGUAGACAGAUGAACCUUGUUCCUAGAGGUUUUCUCCUUUUUUUCUAGCUUUUUUCUUAAUGUUUUCUACGGUAUUGUUUGUAUUUUAGCUCUUUGCUUUGCAUUUACUCAUUGAACAGAGUUUUUCUGCUUUUUUACGGUUUUUCUACAGUAUUGUUUAAAUUUUAUGUCGAUGCUUUUCAUUUGUACUUAUUUUAAUAAAAGAUUUUCUUGAUU